AUGGGUUUAGGAAAUAAUAGCUAUCAGCUUCUGUCAAAGAUUGCAACCAAUGAUAAACAUGGAGAGAAUUCUGCAUAUUUUGAUGGGUGGAAAGCAUAUGAUAGAAACCCAUUUCACCCUACAAAAAAUCCUCAGGGUGUUAUCCAAAUGGGUCUUGCUGAAAAUCAGCUCUGCUUUGAUCUGAUUGAAGAGUGGAUAAGGAAUAAUCCCAAGGCUUCUAUUUGCACUCCUGAUGGAGUGCAUCAGUUCAGAGAUAUUGCUAACUUUCAAGACUAUCAUGGGUUGCCAGAGUUCAGAAGUGCAAUGGCAAAUUUUAUGUCGAAAGUGAGAGGUGGUAGGGUCAGAUUUGAUCCAGACCGUAUAUUGAUGAGUGGAGGGGCUACAGGGGCAAAUGAACUAAUCAUGUUCUGUUUGGCUGAUCCUGGUGAUGCUUUUCUGGUUCCUACACCUUAUUAUCCUGGAUUCGUCCGAGACUUGUGUUGGAGAACUGGGGUGCAACUGAUUCCUGUGCACUGUGAUAGCUCCAACAAUUUCAAGAUAACAAGAGAAGCCCUUGAAGAAGCUUACAAGAAAGCACAAGAGGAUAACAUCAAUGUGAAAGGGUUGAUCAUAACAAACCCAUCAAACCCUUUAGGCACUACCUUAGACAGAGAGACAUUGAAGAGCCUUGUGAGUUUCAUCAAUGAGAAUAACAUCCAUUUAGUUUGUGAUGAAAUCUAUGCAGCCACUGUAUUCAGCUCACCAGAAUAUGUGAGUGUUUCUGAGGUCAUUCAAGACAUGGAGUUUUGCAAAACAGAACUCAUUCACAUCAUUUCUAGCUUGUCUAAGGACAUGGGGUUCCCUGGUUUUAGAGUUGGGAUAGUUUAUUCAUACAAUGAUACAGUUGUGAAUUGUGGAAGGAAAAUGUCAAGCUUUGGAUUAGUCUCUUCUCAGACUCAACAUAUGUUAGCUUCAAUGCUUUCAGAUGAAAAUUUUGUAGCAAAUUAUCUUGAGGAGAGUUCAACAAGGUUGGCAAAAAGGCAUAACAAGUUCACAAAGGGACUUGAAGAGGUUAACAUUAGUCGCUUCCCAAGCAAUGCGGGGCUUUUUUGCUGGAUGAAUUUGAAAAGCUUGUUAGAGGAACAAACAUUUGAAGCUGAAUUGAAGCUUUGGCGUGUGAUUAUCAAUGAGGUGAAGCUCAAUGUGUCACCAGGGUCAUCUUUCAAUUGCUCUGAGCCUGGUUGGUACAGGGUUUGUUUUGCUAACAUAGAUGAUGGAACAGUGGAUGUUGCACUCAACAGAAUAAGAGUAUUUGUAGGGAAAGAAAGGAAGGAACCAGUGCAAGUCAAACGUUGGCAACAGAAUCUAAGGCUCAGUUUCUCUUCAAGGAGGUUUGAUGAAUCUGUUAUGUCACCUCACAUGAUGUCUCCUCGUUCACCAAUUCCUCCCUCACCACUUGUUCGAGCCACUUGA